UCCGUACCGACCUAAGUCAGUCGACGUUUGGCGCGCGUUCAGAAACCGCGCGUAAUUCGUCCGCGAUAAAGAGAGUGGUUAUUUCGUAAGUCCAAGGACGGCCAUUGUUGGCAAUAUAAAAAAGCAAAUUCAAAAGAACAAAAUGCGUACUCUAUUCUUUAUGGUGCUGGCGGCCAUUUUGUGUAGCGCACUGGCCAAAAACAAAAGAGAUGAUAAUAAGGUGAAAAUAGCUGUAUAUUACGAGGCGCUUUGUCCUGACAGCAAACGUUUCAUCGUAUCACAACUGGCUCCUGUCUGGAGAGAUUUUAGGGGUGCGGUGAAGGUCAAACUGGUGCCCUACGGAAAGGCUACUCACGAUAAAGUGGACGGAAAAUGGCAGUUCACUUGCCAACAUGGCCCUGACGAGUGUUACGGGAACAAGGUACAAGCUUGUAUUCUGAAAGACCGCAGCUUGCAGGAUACAGACAAGAUGGAGCUGGUGAUGUGUCUCAUGAGUAACGCCAGUCCUGACAAAUCUCUUGACACGUGUUUGGGUCAAGUAAACAAAUCAAAUAACUCUGACAAGAUAAAGCGGUGCGCCGGCGGCGAGCAAGGAGACGCGUUCUUGGCCUCGUAUGGAGACAAGACUGAUUUGGUGCAACGCCCUCUAUCCUUUGUGCCCACAAUCAUUAUAAAUGAGAAAUUCGAUCAGGCGAUCCAGGACCAGGCGGUCAAUGACCUGCGCGGCGUGGUGUGUCGCGUCGCCGUCAACAAGCCCGCCAUCUGUUGAUGUAGUUAUAAGUUUACACCGCCAUCUAUUGAUGUAAGCUCGAAACGUAACAAAUGCACAAAGCUUUAGUUUUCCGUCAAUAGAUGGCGAUGUUAUUAAUUCGAGGUUUUUUUUUUAUAUGUAAAAGUACAAGAAAUUUUGUAGUUAACAUUUGAGUAUUAAGAAACUAUUGUGGCUAUGAAAAAAAGGUGACUUUUUUUUGAUUUUAUUUUCUAAUAAAACA